GCUUUCGCUUUCCUUCCUCCGGAGCCGGAGAGGCUCUGCAGCAGCAGAAGGGGCCAGCCCCAUCCCUCCCUCCCUCCCUGCGGAGUCCGGGGAGGAGAGACGGGGCUUCCACUUCCCUGCUUUGCUUCCAUCUGGCCGCCUUGGAAGAGUUUCCGACCCGAGAGGCAGCAGGCAGAGAAAGCCAGGCUGCCCUGCUGAGCCCUCCCUGACUCCCGAGGAAACCUGCCCAGAAGGGAGGGAUCCAGACUUUGAAUUCUUUGGUUCUGGAUGCAGCUGGAACAGCAGCGUUUAUGGAGGAAGCAACCAGAAAAGCUGAACAACAGGCCCUGAAGUUGUCAGAAGCCAUCCGAGGAGGAGACGAGCAGGCAGCCCAAGAGUGUGCCGCCUGGCUGGCUGAGCGAUGCCUCCCAGUCACGGUGCAGGUGAAACCCGAAACCCGUGCCAAGCAUGACAUCAGGCUGUGGGUAGGUGUGGAAGAUGCCCACAUGCGCACCGUCCCUAUAUACCUGAAGGUUCAGCCCUGCAUGACCUUGGCAUCCCUCAAAGACAUGAUGUUCCUCCACUACGGUUUCCCCCCCAGCAUACAGAAGUGGGUGGUUGGACAGAGGCUGCCUCGAGACCACGAGACUCUUCACUAUCAUGGCAUCCAGCGAGACGGGGAUGCUGUUUACCUCUACCUCCUUUCAGCCAAGGCAGCCAAGCUGAGCAAAGAUACCUUGGAAAGGGACCAUCAACGUAGGCAGCUGGAAGAGUUGGGCAUUAAGGAUGGCAUCCUGGUGCCCCGAGGGGUGGCAGAAGCAGCAGCCCUGACUCCAGAGGAGCCCUUGGGCCUUCCAGAUCCCAGCGCAGAGAGGAGUGACACCGCUUCACUUCUUCCGGUGAUGCCCCUAAAGGUUGGUUGGGAGUGCCCUACCUGCACCUACAUCAAUAAGCCCACAUGGCCUGGAUGCGAGAUGUGCUGCACGGAACGGCCCAAGGGGUACGUUAUGCCAGAAGACUACCAGCCGGAUGAAGAGGAGAUGGAGCGGAUGCAGAAGGAGGAGGAAGCCACGUGGCAGUAUGAACAGGCCAGAGAGCAGCAAAAGCAGAAGAACUACCAGGAACUCCUGCAACUGGAUGGGCAGAGCUUGGUGCCAGCUGAUGAGGCCGUGGAGUGCCCGAUCUGCUUCAUGGCCGUAGAGCCUGGCGAGGGGGUGACCUUGCGGGAAUGCCUGCAUUCCUUCUGCAAGGAUUGUCUGAGAGGAACUAUCUUGAAUAGCCAGGAGCCAGAAGUCCAUUGCCCUUACAUUGAUGAAAAUUACUCCUGCCCAUCAGAGUUGCUGGAGCGUGAGAUCAAAGCGCUGCUGAGUGAAGCCGAGUAUCAGCGCUUCUUGGACCUGGGCAUCUCCAUUGCUGAAAACCGCAGUCGUUCCAGCUAUCACUGCAAAACCACAGAUUGCCGGGGCUGGUGUUUCUAUGAGGAUGACGUCAAUGAGUUUUCUUGCCCAGUGUGUCAGAAGGUGAACUGUCUCCUUUGCCAGGCGAUCCACGAAAACAUGAAUUGCAAGGAGUAUCAAGACGACCUCCAGCUCCGAGCUCAAAAUGAUCAGGCUGCGCAGCAGACCACGCAGAUGUUGCUGAAAAUGGUGCAGAACGGGGAGGCCAUGUACUGCCCUAUGUGCAAGAUCAUUGUCCAGAAGAAAGAUGGCUGUGACUGGAUCCGGUGCACUGUCUGCCACACAGAGAUCUGCUGGGUGACCAAAGGCCCACGAUGGGGCCCAGCGGGCUCUGGUGAUACUAGCGGAGGUUGCCGCUGCAAGGUGAAUGGCGUUCCCUGCCACCCUCACUGCCAGAACUGCCACUGAUGAAGCACGCUCAGUGUUGGCAUUUGGAAAGAAUGGGUUUUCUUGCUCACAGAUGGGGAUCCAUGCCCAGGAGGGGAGCUGGUUAUUUACCAAAGCUAAAUUUUGGGUAACUGGACUCAUCCAAAGUCAUGCUGAAUUAAACAUUCAGAAUUCGUGCUUUUGGUUCCAAGCACUCAACAUCCUACAGACUGAUCCUCUAUAUAAAAAGGCUCAUUACUUCAUUUUCUAAAUACAUGAGGUCUGGAGAGGGUGAUGUCUCUCCUUGAAGCAUGUUAUUUUUGCAGAGCUUCAGGUGGCUGUUGCGGACAGUAGCUUCACCUAGUCUUUGCAGAAAUGUUUUGGACUCCUCUUGCUCUACAAACAGCACAAGCUUCCCUUUUUCUCUGCUCCUUCUUCACAAGUAGCAUUACAUUCUGCAUCCUUUGAGGCUAUCAGCUGAGGACUGAACAUACUCCGGCCACCCCAUGGGUGUUUAAUGAAGCUUUUGGAUCCCUUUAACACGAGAGCAGCAUUACCCUACAGUGCACUAGAACCAGGGUUUGGAGUUCUGGUUUCACUACAAGAAAAUGCCAUCUGGAUUUGCCCUAAUAAAGAGGCUUUUAAGAACUCAA